AUGAAUUGUCCAAUUGAAAUUCCCUCAAUUUCUGCGUGGAUUGAGAGGAACAAAAGGAUAUCUCCAAAUGUUAAAUUCGAUGUAACUGAUGGAGAUACAAAGAAAAUUCAAAGCUACAAAGCAAAUAAAGAAAGAUAUUUAACAACUCUCAUGAAUUGUAAAAAAAAUCUUGAAAUGAUGAAGAAUCAAGCUAUAAAAACUAUCUCUGAAGUUCAUGAUGCUCCAUUUAUGAAAUUGGGCCAUCUUAGUUUUAAUGAUCAGACUCAGAACACAGAAAUGCAUAAAUUAGUAUUCUUACAUCGAAAAAUACAAAGUAUUACACUGAAAUCUAGCAAUGAAACUCUCAAUAACUUGAUAGAAAAAAUAGAAGAUUGUGAAAAACUCAAAGAGCUUCUUCUUGAUCAAAAAAUACCUGAAAAUAUUGUUAUAAAAAUUGAUGAGACCUUUUUCAUGUACUCGAUUUCGAUGAAAUUACAAAAAUUAACUUUUAGAAUCACAGCUCUUCAAAACUACUAUUCUAAGCUCGAAGAAAAGACCAAAUUAUUUUCCCCACCAAAAUGGUUUACGGAUUUCCCUGGAUUUAUGCACCAGGCCCUUUCAUCAGCUGUUUCCCAUUUAGAUAAGACUCUAUCGUACAUACCACCUCAAUCUUGGGAGUUGCCACUAUCUAGAUACUGUUUUAGUGGUAUAAGCGACUACGGCCAGAAAAUUGAUGAAAUAUGUAAAACAAUUUUGACAAUGCCGCCACCGGACUUCCUCAAAAGUGUUCUAGAACUCGGUCUUACCUUAAUUCCAGACCAAGAAUCAUUUUCUACGCCUGAAUUAAGCGUUGGACUUUUAUUAUAUUUCAGAGUCAUAUUUGAUCGAUUGUACGAGUUAUAUCCCGACAUUUUAUUCGUCAAGAAAGAGAAUGAAGCCGUCAAAAUGGCUCAAUUAUCAAAUCUUCCUUGCGAAUUAUAUUUAUUACCGGAAAAGUCAUCUCCUGACCACAUAUCUACACAACCCAUACGUGAGGCAUUCCGAAAUGACUACUAUUACCGCAGUGCGACUCAGUUUUUGGAGUCAUCCAUGUUUUGUACGAAUCCCAUUGAUGAUUUGUACGCAAUUCAUAAGACAUUGCUAUGUAUUAAUAAGGCAGCAUUGAUGCAACGCAUGAAAGAAAAGGUUGCUUCGAUUAAUGACAUCAAUGAACUACUUUGCUUUGAUGAUUUGUUUGUUUUGUUCUUAGGAUGCUAUCUAUCAUCUGAUUUAUAUGAAUUUAUGAGUAUUGCUGACUUUGUUGCUCGUUUUUCACCUGCAUUUUGCUUAUCUAACUCUUUCGAGUACGCACAAGCAACUUUAGAAUCUUUGGUUACUCAUAUCAAUUCUAUAACUCCAGAUAUUCUUAGAGAAAGACUUGUCAAAAUCAGAAAUUCCCAAAAUCAAUAA